CACAACGCUACCAAAUGCAAUUUCGUCGUCUUCAACAACGUCGUCUCUAUUUGACGAAAAAAGAGAGAAGCAAAUCAUCACGGUCUGUUCUGUUAGCCCAUGGAAGCAGGAACCGGUCCCCAAUCUCUCAUUCUCAUGCUAAACACCAUUUUAUCUGUACGACUCCCCAAGCUGGAAACGCAUAUGUGAACACUUAUAUAUACGUACACGUACAUAUAUACGUAUAUAUAUGGAUCCCGAGCAGACGUUCAUACGCGUGCAAGAGCGGUUCUCGCAGAUGCUGACGUCGAGAGUUAGAGCUACGUUGGAGUAUAUGUAUCUGUUCAUAGCCAUCACUCUCUUCUGUAUUAUAGUGGUUAUGCACGCCAACUAUGUUCAACAGCCCGGUUGUUCUAGUGAGCUAUCAGGAGUUAAAACAACAGACGCCCAACUCAUUCAAAUUAAGAUAACCAGUGCAGGCUUGUGGUCUCAGAAUGAGUCAGAAUCCACUGUGGUAGAUGUCCCUGAAAGCAAGACUAAAAUGGAUGAAGUACAGACGGAAACUCUGGACGAAGAAGGAUUGACAUUUUCAGCUGCAAAGUUUUGGUUGAAUUGGAUUGGCUCGGGUGCUAGGAGAGGAAGAAUGGCAUUGAAGUUCUGGAAAAGUGAUACUGAUAUUCUCGAACAUCACGGUGAAAGCCUCAAGGCAACUGUUGAUGAAGCAAUUACUAAGACUGAUAAAGAGGAGACACGUAACAGUUUUCCUUUAUCUGUGAAAGAAACCCUUAAAGCAGCAAUCAUUCACUUUGUAAAUAAGUGGCACAGACGCCUAUCUUUUGUUUGGAGACAUGCAGUGCAAAUCAUUGGAAAUUUCCAGAAGUUGUGGAAUAUUACAGGCAUACAGUUGGAUCUUGAUGUUCCGAAGUGGUUGCAUAUACUUCACUUGGACAGGCUUAACUUGUAUGCAGUGCAGUGGCUUGAGAACAAAAGCAAAGCAUUUGAGCCUACUUAUCUGUACACAAUGGAAAAGGGUUACUUCUUGCUACCUGAAGCAGCUAAGUCUCAGCAUAACAUACGAACAAUCAACAUCAGCAUAUCAGCUCGACAUUCUUGCUUUGGGAACAGGUGGCAGCAGCUUCUCAUAAACAGAGUUGUUGGAUAUGAUACAAUAUUGAUGAAUAGCUUGCUAAAUUCUCCUGGUCAAGGUUAUCUGUAUAAUUAUCAAACCAGGGAGUUCUACAAUCUUAGUUACACACAUGAACCAGCACAAGGUCCUGCAAGAUUUGGAGACUAUCUCGUGACCAAGUGUGGCGUGCUUAUGAUGUCACUCUUUGUUUUUUUCACCACUACAAUGUCAGUCUCAUUUACAUUGAGAGAGACACAGACACGCAUGCUGAAGUUCACUGUGCAGCUUCAACACCAUGCUCGACAUCGACUUCCAACAUUUCAAUUGAUCUUUGUCCAUGUGAUUGAGUCUCUUGUUUUUGUUCCGAUAAUGAUUGGAAUCCUGUUCUUUUUGUUCGAGUUUUAUGAUGAUCACCUGUUGGCCUUCAUGGUUUUAAUUCUUGUCUGGCUGUGUGAACUUUUUACGUUGAUCAGUGUCCGCACACCAAUUUCAAUGAAGUUCUUUCCUCGUUUCUUUUUGCUCUAUUUUCUGGUUUUCCACAUCUAUUUCUUCUCAUAUGCUUAUGGUUUUUCAUAUUUGGCCCUCUCUACGACCGCUGCGUUUAUGCAACAUCUCAUUUUAUACUUUUGGAACCAUUUUGAGGUUCCAACUCUACUGAGAUUUAUGCAAAAUCGAAGAUCACAGCAUCCGCAACACCCAGACUUUCGUAUCACUUCAUCAACCAUCCUUACAUCAACUUUACACAUCACAAGAUUGAACACAAGAAACCCUGGUCAAGUCAAUUCAGAUUUGGCCUCUGGGCCAGCAGCAUUGAGACCUGAAUCUGACCAGGCAACUCCAGCACAUGGAGCAGAAGCUCCUGGGGUUCCACAACGCUCGGAGAAUGAAAACAGUGAAGGUAACCCUGUGCAAAUUCCAGGUCAACCUGAUCUUCAGCAAGCAGAAACAGGUGCCAGUUCUGGAACAAUGAACUCAUUUAGUUCACUGUUGCUAUGGAUCCUAGGUGGGGCUUCUUCUGAAGGCCUCAACUCAUUUCUUUCCAUGUUUAGAGAUGUGAGAGACCAAGGACAAGUUUAUCCCGAGUCCCCGGGGAAUGAAAACCGUGCAACUGGUAAUGGACAAUAAUAGUACUAUAAAGAUAUUAUGAAAAGGACUACUAAUAUUUCUCUGCUAGUUUUGGUGGCCUGUAUUGUUUGUUUACAAAUGAUGAUAAUAGAUUAACAUGGCGGCCCCUUAUUGUACUUCUACAUAAGCAAACGGGGAAAGGUGGUCUAGAACAAAAGAAACUCAUUUCUAUAAUGCACCUCCCUCUACUCACAAAAUGCUUUCAUUAUGGUGGA